UCAGGACAGAGACACACUGCUCUCCUCUUCUCUCCAUCAUCCCUCCAUCUUCCUCUUCCUCCAUCCAGAACUCUCUCUCCAUCUUGUGUCCUCUCUCCUCCACCCUGCAGACAGGUCGAACUCUUCAUCAGCACCAUCAUCAUCCUCCGAGGAACAGGGAGCCCUGUGACCCUAGCCCCGCCGGGUCACCAUGGCAACGGUCAUCUGCACUCGUUUCACCGAAGAGUUCCAGCUGUACGAGGAGCUGGGCAAGGGAGCGUUUUCGGUGGUGCGGCGCUGUGUGAAGGUGUUGUCCGGUCAGGAGUACGCCGCCAAGAUCAUCAACACCAAGAAACUGUCUGCCAGAGAUCAUCAGAAGUUGGACCGUGAAGCUCGGAUCUGUCGUUUACUUAAACAUCCAAACAUUGUUCGGCUUCAUGACAGCAUCUCAGAGGAGCUACAUCAUUACCUCAUCUUCGACCUGGUCACAGGCGGCGAGCUGUUUGAAGACAUCGUGGCCAGAGAAUAUUAUAGUGAAGCUGAUGCCAGCCACUGCAUCCAGCAGAUUUUGGAGGCGGUGCUACACUGUCACCAGAUGGGCGUGGUCCACAGAGACCUAAAGCCAGAGAACCUGCUGCUGGCCUCGAAGUCCAAAGGUGCGGCUGUGAAACUGGCCGACUUCGGCCUCGCCAUCGAGGUGGAGGGAGACCAGCAGGCCUGGUUUGGCUUUGCAGGGACUCCAGGUUACUUGUCCCCAGAGGUUCUAAGGAAGGACCCGUAUGGAAAAGCAGUCGACCUCUGGGCCUGUGGUGUGAUUCUCUACAUCUUAUUGGUCGGUUAUCCUCCAUUCUGGGAUGAAGAUCAACAUCGUCUCUACCAGCAGAUUAAAGCUGGAGCUUAUGAUUUUCCGUCUCCGGAGUGGGACACAGUGACUCCUGAAGCCAAAGAUCUCAUAAAUAAGAUGUUGACCAUCAAUCCGGCAAAACGCAUCACAGCUGCAGAGGCCCUCAAACAUCCGUGGAUCUCACAUCGCUCCACGGUGGCGUCCUGUAUGCACAGACAGGAAACCGUCGAGUGUCUGAAGAAGUUUAACGCCAGGAGGAAACUGAAGGGGGCAAUUCUGACCACCAUGUUGGCUACUAGAAACUUCUCAGGAGGAAAAAGCAACAAGAAGAACGAUGGAGUCAAGGAAUCAUCAGAGAGUACGAACACAACUAUAGAGGAUGAGGACACCAGAGUGAGGAAGCAGGACAUCAUUAAGGUCACGGAGCAGCUCAUCGAGGCGAUAAGCAACGGAGACUUCGAGAGCUACACUAAAAUGUGCGACCCAGCUGUGACGGCGUUCGAGCCCGAGGCGUUGGGGAAUCUGGUGGAAGGGCUGGACUUUCACCGCUUUUAUUUUGAAAACUUGUGGUCUAAGAACAGUAAACCCGUCCACACCACCAUCUUGAACCCUCACAUCCACCUGGUCGGGGACGAGGCCGCCUGCAUCGCUUACAUCAGAGUGACUCAGUACAUCGACGCCAACGGGACGCCUCGCACCGCCCAAUCAGAGGAGACCAGGGUGUGGCACCGUCGUGACGGCAAGUGGCAGAUCGUCCACUUCCACCGCUCAGGCUCCGCCUCCACGCUCAGCAAGUAUGAACAAGUUAACUUCCAGAGUGGGCGGGUCUUUGAUGGGGCCAGCGUCACCUUGACAACAGAUUGAUCGACAGCAGACCAGGCAGGACUUUUAGAAGUUUGAUAAAAACCAAAAGAAGGAGGAGGAGACAUGGGCGGGGCUUCCUGCAGUGACCUGCACAAUCAACCAACCAAUCAGCUUCCUCUCUUUAGCUUGUUUGGACUCUGUUACACCCUUGUGAUCAACCAAUCAGCUGCCCAGCUCAGGGUCAGUGAAGGGGUGGAAACCUCGUAUCUCAUCAACAUCUGAUCGAUGAUCAAUAAUAACGAAGAGUUUAACAUGAAAUAUUUUCCGCCAUUUGAAGAAACUGUCAUCACGAGGCAAGUUUCAUCAGUUUCCUGUUUCAGUUCAUAAAAAGACGGAAACAUGGAAAUAUGAUGCUAUAAGUGAUAAGAAGAAUUAAUCAAUGAAUAAUAAUUGUUUUAAAUUCACCUUGAUUGACAGGUCAGUGGUUGAAUGUUUCCAAAGAGAUAUGAGGUUUCCACCUGAACAUAAAGAAAACAACAUACACAUCAUAUCAUAUCAUUCAAACAUGAGUCGCCAUGGUUACCAGUUAGCAUUUAGAGCCGUGACUUGAGAUCGCAGUUUGUAACUCGUUAAGUUUUACAAACAAAACUGAUCAGAAACAAGCAACAGUUUAGAGACGGAUCAUGUGACAUCAUUUUAUCUUGAGAUGAGGAGAUGACCAGCAGCUCUGGGCCUCUUUACGUGGAAGAUUUAAUAUAUAAACUUUAUAUAAAUGUAAUAUAUGUAACGUUUUAUUUCAUGUUGAGAUAAACAGGUAACGCUGACGACACAUUGACGAUAAAGUUCGAUGCUCUGCUUCCUUAUUGGUCGGAGAGCUGCAGAAACUUCCAUCGCUCUCCGUCCUGCGAUCUUCCAUGAACAGCCGCACCCCCGCAGCUGUGCUAACGAGGACGACCUUCGACCUUCACCAGGAGACACCAUGAGAAUCUGUCGGCUUGAGUUUACCAAACGUUUCAGGAUGAAAAUAAAUAAGUCACAGUAAAACACCAUCGUUAUUAUUGUCAGCCAAUCAGAAUCAUCGUCAGUAAACUCAGUACAGAGUCCCAGAAGGGACAAAAAGAAGUCCAGCUCUUCUAGGGACUGUGGCGUUGCUCUGUCGUCGGCGUGGUCGCUCUGUGAAACCUCAUGUCCGUUGGUUUUCAGCCUUAAUGACGUUACAACUGAUUUGACCAAGUGAAACAUUGACUCGCUCUGAUUGGACGGAGGAUCCUUGGUGAUGUGUUUUGAUUGGAUGGAGCGUAUUUCUUCCUCUUCAGUGAUUUGUUGACUGUACAGAUUUCGUGAUGCAUGCCAGACGUGCUUUGUGUUUUGGUUUUCGGGCUCCGUGGCGUUUUGCUGUUGGCAGCUGUCCCUUUGUUUCCUGCUCUGCGGUGACUUGACUCUGACUUGUUAGCUUUGUUAGCAUUCCUCACUGGGAGCAAUGGCGCCUGCUAGCUGUGAGAAGUGAAUGUUUUUACAGUCAGAAGUUUGUACGAUCAGAGGAAAUGAUUCUUCUCGGUAUCGCAUUUCUAACUUUCAAAGCUUUUUCAUGUUGAAUCAAACUUCCUUCGCUAAUGUUGGAAUUGAACUGUACAGAGCGCAAACGCAAAUUAUUAUUAUUAGCUUUAUGAUUUUUUCAGUACGAUGUGCAUUAACGAGUGUGACAUGUGUUCUCUUAGCAAUCAUUAGCUGACAUCUCGUCCAACUGGAGAGGCUGAAUCAAAGGUCAAAGGUCAUGUUGGGACUGUGGACAGAAGGCGGGGCUUCUUUGAUUUUGUCACAACUAACACCAGGUGGUCAGGGCGGCACCAGGUAUUGAAGCCACGCCCCCACACCACAGAAAAAUGUCCUCGAUGUAAAAUGUAGUUUUUUCUCAGCUGACGCUCAGAAGCCUGCGUAGUUCUGAUGAUCAGCAGAUGUUCAACAUCUGGAUCUUCACUCCAGGGCUCUGAACCAGGAAGCAGGAUUUGUGGUCCUCAGGUGACUUCAGGUUGAAUUCACAGUUCUCUGUUCUGUGAAGCUCGGUGCCUUGUCAUCAGGUGAAUCACCAUGGUAACUCAACCUGCUGACCUGCUCCAGGUGAAGUUGGAGAUAAGAGAUCAAACAGUCUGAAGCUCCGCCCACUGACCAAUCCCCUCCUUUGAACCAUGACAUCAUGUUCUUAGAGGAUCUGUGGAGCUGGUUGUUGGAGUCUCUGAGGAGGACCAGGGUCUUCAGAGACCCAGCAGAUCCUCUGAGCUCCUCUGAGGAGCUUCUGAAAGACCUAGAUUCUCCUGAGAGGAACGAACAGAACCAACCUGACCCGUAGGAGCAAAGCGCUCCUGGUACCACCGACUGCAGCUGCUCCACUUACUGGUACUGAUGUACUGGGAGUGUUAGCGGAGGAGAACUUUAAUACUUUUAUCCUUUAAUUAGCUUCAUCCUGUGAAAUUAUAUAAUUAUAUAAUAGUAAACAUUGUAGAGGCAACAUCGUGGAAUUCAAAAGUUUCUCUUCAAGAGGCGUCUUCACUUCCACGUCUUGUUAGUAAACAACCGAUUCGGAUCUCGUGGCCCUGAUUUAUAUAUCUUAUUCUUGUUAUUAUAUCGUGGUCAAGUCAUGUAUUUUUUACCAGAUGUCCCCAGGGGGCGCUGUAACGUGCACAUUAACACAAACCCAGAUGUUUUACCAGCUGUUCUUCCUGCAUUUAGCAGCUGGAACAUUUUCUAUUAUUCUGGAUGUUUGUUCUGCUUAGACACUUGAUCCUCGGCUCUGCUGUCAGUCAAACUGUCCAUGUCUGUGAUUGGUCAUAUGCAGUAAAGCCCGCCCCUUUAUGUGCAUGCGUUAUCUAGAAGAAACCUGAGUUAACUCAACCAGUUGAUAAGCAGCGUCAUGUGACCGUUUAACAGACUGGGAUUGAUAAGUUCAGCUGGAAACUGAGAUCCUGGAUCUGUUGAACUUCGAGAACAGACUCUGUUUAGUCAACGUUGUUUCUCAGUUCAGACGAUGUCUCCCCCGGUGGCUGCCUCUAGAAUAGCGUCUGUCUAAUUUCAAAGGCUCCUCCUCCUCACGAGGACCAAUCACAGAGCAGCUGAUGAGACAGCGUCUGAGACGUGUGGAGGAAACAUCUCAUCGUCAGUCUCAAAGCUUCAGUUCUGACAUUUUACGAGGAUUAAAAUAAAUAUGUCGGCUUGUUCUGGAAACUUCUGAUUCAGCCUCUUCCAGUGAAAUGACCUCUGACCCCGUCAGACUCCAGGUGGCGCCGGCACAGUGAAUGUUUUCUAAAGCAGCACGUCCACUUCUAACUUUACGACACUUGAACGUAUGUUUACCAGUAACUCAUCCCUGAAAAAAUCUGUGAUGUCAUUUUCUACAAAUAUAUCGAUGUUUACGCUUGAAACUGAAAAAUUGAUCGUAACGUUCACGUUGUUCCUCUGACCCGAUGUUACCAGGCGACAUGUCUCCUGCCUCAGCGUGAGCACUCUCACCACAGGAAGUGUGUCAUCCACGUGACAGGAAACAGUAGGACGGGGGGGGGGGGUCACUUCAGAGAAAAGCACUGUUAGCUAUAAAACAACUUUGAGUGUUUUCAAUUAGGAUUUAAUGUCAUUGAUCGGAUGUGAUCGAGGUUUUGAUAAGAACAUUUUCACAGAACAGAGUAAGAAUCAAUAGGUCCCGAUGUCCUCGCUGUUCCCUCUCACGACGGGGCCGCUGUGAUUGAUCAAUAAUCAAUGAUCAAUAACUUAAUGAUCAAUAAUCAAUGAUCAAUAAUCAGCUCUUUUACUAUGAUGAUGUUGUUGUGUACGAACUGAUGCUGCAUGCUCACUGUGUAAUUUCUUCUCCUGCAUCGUGUUCAAAGUGUUUAUAUAAAUAAACAGAGGUGGUUAAA